AUGAAGUAUUUGCUGACACUUACAUUUCUUCUUAUGUUGAUUGGUUCUGGUGAUGUCAUUGGCAUUUGGGAUAUUAGUCAAACGAAGGAGACGUAUUGGAUGCCAGAGAAUUGUGGUGCAGGGACUCCAAACAGAAACGUUGAAAAUUUACGUCCUCAGAUAAGAAAUUAUAAACAAUUCAUGGAAAAUAAUUACGGGAAUUUAGAAACAAUAUCAAUCAUUAUGUCUACUGAAAAAAUUAAAUUAUCGGAUAGGAUCAUACCGAGAAACAAUUGGACCUACCUAGCAGUGAAAGACUCUAAAAACAAUGAAAUUAUUGGGCAUUGGACGAUGGUUUAUGACGAAGGGUUUGAAAUUAGAAUCCCUGGGAAGAGAUAUUUCGCUUUUUUUAAAUAUGAAAGAGUAAUAUCGAAAAGAUGUCCUCAGCCUUUAGAAAAUAAGGAAUCCACUGAUAUUGACUGUUAUAAGACAGACCCAACAAAAACAUUAAUUGGAUGGGUUUUACAUGAACAAGUUGAUCAACGAGAUAAAGAAAAAAAAAUAUUUCAAUGGGGAUGCUUUUUUGGAAAAAAACAUGAAGAAGUAGAUGUGUCUUCAUUUGUUAUUCAUAGCUUGUAUGGAAGUAAGGGAAGUCACCUAGGCAGAGAAGAGGUAUCUUCAAUUCCAAUGAAGCAAUUAAGUUUUUCUGCAAUUGAACAAAGAGCAAAUUACAAAAAAAUAAGAAUAUCUACAGAUAAUUUGUACGGGGUGACAAGAACGCGUCUGAUGAGAAUCUAUGAGAAUGUUAAGGAACAAAUAUAUGGAUGUCGAAAGGAAAAUAUUGAUAAUACCAAGAUUCGCUUGACACUUCCAAUUGAAUUCAGUUGGGGAGACCCAUUUACUAAUGACAAUCUGAAUGAUGAUGUAAGAGAUCAAAUGAAUUGCGGAAGUUGCUAUUCCAUUUCUACAUUGUAUAGUUUGCAGAAAAGAUUUGAAAUAUGGUUUUUAAAAAAACAAAAUAAGAAAAUUACUAUGCCAGAAUUAUCUUAUCAAUCCGUCCUAAGUUGUUCUCCGUAUAAUCAGGGGUGUGAUGGAGGCUUUCCAUUUUUGGUUGGAAAGCAGUUGUAUGAAUUUGGAGCAACCACAGAGAAUGUUAUGAGAUAUGGAAAUAAUGAUUAUAUUAAAUGCGAACUAGUUGUAGGGGAAUACAACAAUGGGGAAUACAACAAUGGGGAAUACAACAAUGGGGAAUACAACAAUGGGGAAUACAACAAUGAAGGAUACAAGAAUUCCAAACAUGGUGACAUUUUCUAUGCCUCCGAUUAUAACUACAUUAACGGAUGCUAUGAGUGUUCAAAUGAAUUUGACAUGAUGAACGAACUUUUUUUAAAUGGCCCCAUAGUAGCUGCAAUUAAUGCCACACCUCAAUUGCUUAACUUAUACAACUUAAGUAAUAAAAAUUUUAUAUAUGACAUCCAAAUUCAUGAAAAUAAAAUAUGUGAUAUCCCAAAUCAAGGUUUUAAUGGAUGGCAACAAACUAAUCAUGCUGUCACAAUAGUUGGUUGGGGACAACAUCAAAAUGAAAAAGGUACAAUUGUUAAGUACUGGAUUCUCAGAAAUACUUGGGGAAUUACCUGGGGUUAUAAAGGGUAUAUAAAAUAUCAGAGGGGGGUAAAUUUAGGAGGUAUUGAAUCACAGGCCGUUUACCUUGAUCCAGACUUUAAUCGUGGUCGAGGUCGUGAUCUCAAGGGUUGGCUUGGAUGA